GGGCGCCGGGCGGCUGCGGGGCGGCAGGACCAUGGAGCUGGGAGCGCGGCGCCGGCGCCGGCGGCGGAACCGCGGACCGUUUUAAUUUUGAUUGCUGUUACUACUGAUAUCUGAGCCAAAGUGGUGAUGCUACCUGAGGGACAUUUCUGCAACCCUUAAGUCAACAGUUACACGGUUGUGAGCCAUGCCUUUAGUGAAGCGGAACAUCGAGCCCCGGCACUUGUGCCGGGGAGCCCUGCCCGAGGGCAUCCCCAGUGAACUCGAGUGUGUGACCAACAGCAGCCUGGCUGCCGUCGUUCGCCAGCUGAGCAGCCUGAGCAAACAUGCUGAAGACAUAUUUGGUGAGUUGUUUAAUGAGGCCAACAACUUCUACAUCCGAGCAAACUCUCUUCAAGACAGAAUCGAUCGCCUUGCUGUCAAAGUCACCCAGCUGGAUUCAACAGUGGAAGAGGUGUCACUACAGGACAUCAACAUGAAGAAAGCUUUCAAAAGUUCCACCGUCCAAGACCAGCAGGUGGUCUCAAAGAACAGCAUCCCUAACCCUGUUGCUGACAUUUAUAACCAGAGUGAUAAGCCACCCCCUCUGAACAUCCUCACACCGUACAGAGAUGAUAAAAAGGAUGGGCUGAAGUUCUAUACAGAUCCUUCCUAUUUCUUCGACCUCUGGAAAGAAAAAAUGCUACAGGACACAGAAGACAAACGGAAAGAGAAAAGACGUCAAAAGAGAGAGAGACACAAGCUGAAUCCUAACAGAAACCAGCAAAUAAGUGUGAGAAAAGUGAGAGCGAGAAGAGAAGAGUGGGAGAAGAUGGGCGUUGAGUUUAUGAGUGACGCCAGGAAGCCGCGGCGGGCGGGGGGCUCGGGAGACGGCGGCACGCCCAGAGGGUCCCACGCAUCGGACGUCACAGAUUACUCGUAUCCCGCCACCCCCAACCAUUCUCUGCACCCGCAGCCUGGGACGCCUUCCCACGGAGCCGGUGACGCAGCGCCACGCGGGCCGGCAGCCCAGGCCCCCGAGCGCGAGUACCGGCCCCCGUCGGCCUCGGCCAGGCACCUGCCCCUGAACCGGCCCCAGAAGCCGCCUCCGCCCCCGCCGCAGGCCGCAGACGCGUCGCAGGCCCCCGCGCCCUUGGCUCCCGCCGACUACGGGAUGCUCCCGGCGCAGAUCAUGGAGUAUUACAACCCCUCAGGACCCCCGCCGCCGCCGCCCCCCCCCACGAUCCCUUCCGCACAGACUGCUUUCGUCAGCCCCCUCCAGAUGCCCACGCAGCCCCCCUUCCCGGCGUCCGCCGGCCCCUCCUACGCGGGUCCUCCCCACCCUCCCUCCAGUGGGCUGGUGGUCACGGCGCCGCCGCCGCCAGGCCCCCCGCCGCCGCCGCCGGGCCCUCCGGGUGCCGGCUCUUCGCUCUCCUCCUCGCCGAUGCACGGCCCGCCGGGAGCCGAGGCGAAGAGGCCGGAGGCCGCGCAGCCGCCCGUGAGCGACGCCCGGAGCGACCUCCUCGCCGCCAUUCGGAUGGGAAUCCAGCUGAAGAAGGUGCAGGAGCUCCAGGAGCAGGAGGCCAAGCGCGAGCCCGUGGGCAACGACGUGGCCACCAUCCUGUCCCGGCGCAUUGCCGUCGAGUACAGCGACUCCGACGACGACUCGGAGCUGGACGAGAACGACUGGUCCGACUGA